UAUGUUCUCUGAUUGUUCCACACUUUUGCGUACCUAUUUUAUCCGACGGCUCCUUCUUCUCAAAGUCCCAGUUCGUCUCCGCCGAUCAUCUUUCUCUGUGGCCCUAAUCCCGACGAUUUCAUGGCGAAUCUGAUUCAGGCUCGUCUGAUCCAUCUCCUCCUGGCUUUUCUGUUCGUCUCGUCAACGAUCGCAAGCUCCGAUGUCCCGUUCAUUGUCGCGCACAAGAAGGCGACGCUCACUCGUCUCAAAUCCGGCGUCGAACGCGUCUCGGUCUCAAUCGAAAUUUACAAUCAGGGAUCUUCGACCGCAUAUGAUGUUACUCUGAACGAUGCAAGCUGGCCAGGAGAUGUCUUUGAUAUUGUCAGUGGCGAGACAUCCAAAUCGUGGGAAAGACUCGAUGCUGGUGGUCAUUUAUCUCAUUCAUUUGAAUUAGAAGCAAAAACAAAAGGAAUGUUCCAUGGUUCACCUGCUGUUAUCACGUUCCGUGUCCCUACGAAGUCUGCUUUACAGGAGGCCUUAUCAACCCCAAUUCUACCUUUGGAUGUCCUCGCUGAUAGGCCACCAGAGAAGAAGUUUGAGUGGGUUAAGAGGCUGCUCGCUAAGUAUGGCUCCCUGAUCUCGGUGGUCUCCUUUGUCGUUCUGUUCGUCUAUCUUGUGGCCAGCCCAUCGAAAUCUGCUGCAAAAGGAAGCAAGAAGAAGCGUUAAUCGCUGACCGUGAAGUAGUUCUUAGCUGUGUUUUACUUUUGAUCCGCCACCCAAAUUGAGGAUAUGUUUGGUUGAUAUAUUUGUUGGGUUAGCACAAAGGUACAGAAACUUUUUGAGUUGAUAGUUUUUGUUCAUCCAUCCCUAAUGAGUAGUAGAGCCGGAGGAAACAGAGCUAAUUAUAGACACGCACGAGAGUCAGUUAAACACAUGGUCCAGUAGUUGAGCUGUUUGUUUUUAAGUCAAGUCGGAUUUGUUCAUCAUAUUACUCACUUGUUUCUUCUUUCUUAGACAUGAUUCUGAUUCCCAUUU